UUUAAUAUCCGCUAGGCUAGUCCUCAAUUUAGUAAAUUAUUAUAUAUAAGUUUUUCAACAAAGGUGUUGUCAUUUUAAAUUGGAUUUCACUUGAAAUGGAUAAUUUAGUUCUGAGAUAAGACUCAACGAUUACGAUUCCUGGAAAUCUAUAAUUUUUCUACAUUUUAUUUCCUGAUAACAGUUGUGUGAAAAUCUAUUUAAACUCUAUACAUACAAAAUACGUUCAACAUGAAUAGUUCUGGACGCAUUUUAAACAUAAAACCUCGAGAGGAAGUAAAAGGUUUUCUGGAAUAUGUAAAUAAGAUCCGUGAACGUGAGAAAGCAGAACCACUAACAUGGAACACUGCGGUCAAGUUUCUUAUGGCAAGGAAGUUCGACAAGAAAAGAGCCAUAGAUCUGUAUAUAAACCAUGAAAUAACACGAAAGAAAGAAGAAUUAUUACAUAUAGACAGUAAUGAUGAGUUACUACUGAAAGAAGUGGCUACAGAAAAGUUAACAAUAUUGCCGGGGAGAGACAAGCAUGGUGCUGCUGUAGCCUUAUUUACAGCUAGACUACAUCAGCCCAGAGACUCCACUCAUCAGAUUGUUCUCAAAGGUCUACUUUAUCAGUUAGAUGCUGCUUUGGAAAGUAAAGACACACAAAGACAUGGACUAGUAUUUAUAUAUGACAUGACAGAUUCAAAGUAUGCAAACUUUGAUUACGAACUCUGCACAAAAAUUCUCAGUCUUUUGAAGGGAGCAUGCCCAGCAAGAUUGAAGAAAGUAUUAAUUGUGACAGCACCUCUGUGGUUUAAAGCUCCUUUCAAAAUACUCCAGCUUUUUGUUAGGGAAAAACUCAGGGAUAGGGUAUAUACAAUCAGUCUUCAACAACUACAUUUGCAUAUACCGAAUGAGUCCCUUCCUCAACAUCUGGGAGGAGCAAUAAUGAACAGCCAUUCUGCUUGGAUGCAAAUAUGUUACAAAGUAUCAACAAAGCAAAGCGUUGACCUUGACACUUACUUCUUCCCAUGUAGGAAUACUAGACAAGGAUCUGUGUCACAAAGAAGCUUAUCUAGUGAAAUUUCAGACUGCAUGAUUAUUAGUGAUAUUGAAUCUGAAGAAUCCAAGGAAACAAUUAGUGAAAAACAUAGUUCUGAGGAAAAGGAAAAGGAAGAAAAGAUGAUCAUAGAUCAAGAAAAAGAGGUCACAGUGGAAAAACAUGACACUUGUGCAAAUGGCAGUAUAAAACGCAGACAUGAUUCAGAUGUCAAUAAUGCAGACGACAACAAGCAGCAGAACAGCAAUUGCAAUGACAAUAUAAAUGAAGAUGAAUCUGAUAUCCCACCGAAAAAACGACCUUCGUCAACUAGUACAAAUAUUAUUGAAGAUACAAAUCAUAUGAAUGAAGUUACAGGAAUGACUGUUGAACAACUUGUUAAACACUUAAAGAAAACAAGAAGAAAAGGACUGUAUACUGAGUAUGCACAUAUAAAAAUGGAACCACCAAGUGGAACAUUUAAUAUAUCAAAAGCAAAAUAUAACUUGCCAAAGAACAGAUACUCUGAUGUAUUAUGUUAUGACCAUUCUCGAGUCAAACUGCCCGCCAUUGUUGAGGGUGAUCCUUCCUCAGACUAUAUCAAUGCUAACUAUGUAGGUGGUUACAAACAGGACAGUGCAUAUAUAUCAACACAAGGACCUUUACCCAAGACGUUCGGAGAUUUCUGGAGAAUGAUAUGGCAUUGCCAUGUGAUGGUUAUUGUCAUGACAACAAGGGUGGUAGAAAGAGGAAGAAUGAAGUGUGGUCAGUACUGGCCAAUGGAAGAGGAAUCGGAGGAACAGAUAGAGGAAUUUAUAGUCAUCAACACCGGAAUAGAACAACACCAUGAUUACACAGUUACUGGACUUUUCCUACACAAUACAAAAUCUGGAGAAUCUCGACAUUUGACACAUAUACAGUUUACCAGCUGGCCUGAUUAUGGAGUUCCAAGAACAGGAACAGCUUUUCUUGACUUUUUGUUCCGAGUUAGAAGUUGCCAAGCUGAUGCCACUAAACGCCUUGGCUCAUCUUGGAAAGGUCAUGCUCUUGGUCCACCGAUCGUUGUUCAUUGUAGUGCUGGCAUUGGAAGAACAGGAACAUUUAUGACAAUAGAUAUAUCACUACGCCAAUUAGACGACACACAUAAAGUAGAUAUUAAAGAGACAGUGAGAAGGAUUCGUUCACAACGAGCCUUUGCCAUACAGAUGCCAGAUCAGUAUGUGUUUUGUCAUCUGGGCAUUGUGGAGCAUGCUCUAAGGCAAGGAGAUAUUAAGGAUCUAGAUCUGGCUGGCUUUGAUGAUAGUGAUAGUGAAAGUGAUGAAAUUUGACAUCGUUUAUAUAGCUUUACCUCAUGAUCAACUGUCUAUAUGUUGUUCUUAUUUUGAUAUAUAAGAUGUUGCUUACAUAGCUACCUCUAAAUUGAGGUCACCUGUCCUGUACUGACCAAUCAGACUCAUCUGUAGUAUCUGGAGAUAUUCUCAGAAAAGACUUGUAGUUAAGAGCUUUUACAAUGUGGAUAUUGUCAUCUACUUCUGGUUUUUGGUACGUCACAUGAAGAUCUUUUGAAUGCCAAUUAGGUAUCGUGUUCAUAUGACCUAUUGAUUUCUUUAGAUUGAACAGGAGUCCUAGAAAAUAGUGAUCUUUAAUCAUUUUAUUCACCUUUUAACAGAAGUCCUUAAAAAUAGUGAUCUUUAAUCAUUUUAUUACUUUUUAUGAAACAUAUAAAUGUGGGUGCUCAACUAGUACGUACAAAUUAUAUAACAUCCACAUAGAGAUCAAAAGUGGAAGGGUUGAAAUUAAAAA